UAUGUUGUUUUCACCAUUUCUUCUUUCUUACCAACUGUACCAUGUAGCUCAUGUAUGGUGUACAAAAUUUGAAUUUGUUAUUUUUGAUAAAAAUUAAAAGUUAACUGAACAGUGAAAUAAAGUAUCAUUGCCAAGAAAAUUGAACUGAAAAAAGUGAGUUUAAUUCGUGGAUCUAAAUAAGAAAAACAUAGACGCAUGAAAAAUAUGCAUAUCUUAUAAAGAUUAUGUCUGGUGGUAGAAAUCAAUUGUCACUUCGUUUCAAUUUGCAAUAUACAUAUAGUAAAUAAUGGUUUUGGAUUUGCCCACUAAUAUCAUUCCUUUCGUCUUUGUUUCUUUCUUUAAACAAAAUCUACAUAUGAACGUUCGAUGUAUACAAUUGAGAAAAAAUUCCAGAAGUCACGCCUUUCUUGUAGAUCCCACAACUGCCGUCUCAGAAAGAAUCACAUCAGCUAGCUGCAACUCUGAUUUUCCACAACAAACUGCUCUCACCAUACGAGAAUUACCAACACUUCCUGAAAAAGCUUCUAGCUAUCAAAUUUGUACGAAUGAACCCCAAGAUAAUUUAACCAGAGGGGAACAAAUAUGUAGUUCUUUGUCCAUCUAUGAAAUAGGGUGCACAUCGGGUAUGUCUACACCACAUGUUGCAACCUUAAUGCCAACGAAAGGUCAUACGCGGAUAAAAAAAAGUGUCCUGCUAUUAUAGAACAACGAAGUGAGUACAUUGCUCUAAAAAAAGUUCUGACUGUUUAUAUUGUAAUGCUAAAAAAUUUGAAUAUGAAUCUGGCGGAUUUUGUUGCAACAAUGGCUCAAUACGGCUAACAACACAUGAAAUGCCACCUGAAUUAGCAAAAGUAUACUUUGCUGAGACAGAAGAAUCUGAACA